AUGGAGGAUCUCAACUUGCCAGGUGGCAUUCCGGUUGAUACGGAGUAUGGAGGGUUCGAGGUUCUCGAAGAGGAAGAUGUCGCAGACUCCGCGUACUCCCAGGCCUCAUCGAUCCACAACUUCCGCGUCGAGCAUGGUCGUCGUUAUCACGAGUACAAGGAGGGCCAUCCGUUUCCCUACGACGAAGUCUCGAAGGAAAAUGAGGCCUCCCUUCACCACGUUAUCUUGCUUCUUCUUGGGGACAGGUACUUCCUGUCCCCUAUCGAUGAGUCUAGGUUGCGCUGUAUCGCAGACGUGGGGACUGGUUCGGGCUUCUGGGCCGAAGGUGUAGCCCAAAGAUACCCCAACGCUGAGGUUAUAGGAUUCGAUACAAUUCACCAUCCCCUCUCAGUUGAGCCGAAUUGCUCCUUUAUCGUACAGGAUGUCACGGAUGACUGGGUUCUCGACAACCCUGAUAUGCUGUUCGACCUCGUCCACAUCCGAAACCUCUUUGUCGGCGUGAAAGAUUGGAAACCUGUGUACCAACAAUGCUUUGAGAAAAUGAGGUCCGGCGGCUGGAUUGAACAAUAUGAAAUAGAGAUCAAUGCGAAGACGGACGACCCUAAUGAGCCAGCAGACAGCAGUAUGAUCAUGAAACUAAGGCACACCGCCGAAGACAUGGCAAGGACCACUGGGAGGGAUUUCCACAUCUCCAUGAAGAUGAAACACCUGAUUGAGGAAGCUGGCUUUGUGGAUGUGCAAGAGCAGAAGGUCAAAUUGCCAUUGGGGCCUUGGGCCAGUGACCCAAAGCUCAAAGACAUCGGGCGGUUCUUCGAACGAUUCUAUAAGACAGGCUUGCAGGGCUGGCUCAUGCACAUCUGCACCAGGUUUCUGGGGAAGAAGCCAGAAGAAGUUAAUGCCUGGUGCGCCCAAGCCUUCCAGGAGAUCAAUUCCCGACAACACCGUUACUACUUCCUACUGUAA